AUGGAUGACUUAACGUACAGCCUCAACUGCAAUGAUGAUGAUGAUGAUAAUAAUAAUAAUAAUAAUAACAAUAACAAUGAUAAUAAUAACAAUACAUUGACUAAAAAGAAUAAAAAUAAUUGCCACAACAAAGAUAAUAGCAAUAAUAAUAAUAACAACAAGCCGCUGAAUUUUUUUCCAUCCAACGACAGCAACGACAGCAGCUACAGCAGCGACAGCAGCCACAACAUCACCAUCAAUGAUAGAUUUCAUUUGGCUUUCAGAAAUAUGCUGCAAAAUUUUCCAUUUAAGUGGAAUAAAAAAUGGAUUAACAAGCAUAACAUUAACAACAAUAAUAAUAUUAAUAAUAAUAAUAAUGAUAAUAACAACAUUCACGAUAGCGAUUACUUCAAAACCAGCAACAACAACAACAGCAACAACAGCAACAACAACAGCAAUUGCGACAGUAGUUUUAGCGAUUCAACUUCUAGUAUCGAGGUUGACGUCAUCAACAACAACAAAAACAACAACGGCAGAAACAUCACAAUACUUAUUAACAGUAAGAAAAACAACAACAACAACAGCAACAACAACAGCAACAACAACAGCAACAACAACAGCAACAACAACAGCAACAAAAACAGCAACAACAAUGGUGUCAGCCAUUUCAGACCAAUUCUUAUGAAACAAAAAUCAAUCGACGAUAAAACAACAUCAUCAUCGUCGUCGUCAUCAUCACCAUCAACCUCCAAUAUAUCGCCAACAUCACCGUCACCAUUUUCAUCAUUAUCAUCAUCCUCACCGUCAUCGUCUUCGUCAUUUAGGGUCCCAUCAUCUGCAAAGGGGCUGGGGCUUAUGAAGAAAAAGUUCAGACCCAAUCUGACCAUUCAACUGCCAUCACACGACGAUACGGAACAGCCCAAAACAACGACAUCACAUUACCAGCAACCUCAGCCGCAACUGCAACACCAUCACCACAGACCUCUCCAACAACAUCGACACCAACAAACUCCACACGUGCCAGAGAAUGAUGACGUCACACAUGAUGACGUCAACGAUGUACUCCGCUCGUUGAGACCCAUGUCACCGGACGCCCAACGAGAAAUGAAGGAGGUACUGGACAUGGCUUACUUUGCGGGUAAAGAAAGGCAGGCCCCGAACUCCCCUGGGGUCUACAAGUUAAAAGAGUCGCCAUCCCCCGCUUUCAAUGGUUCGUCAAUUUUCAACUUUUUCAAGUCUCCGAGGGCAAAGGUAAAUGAAUACCUGGAGGAAGUAAAUGACAGGCACUCUAACUGCAGUAGUAAUGGUGUCAGUGCUUCGAGAGGUGAUAACAGGUUCAACAGCGAUCGGUGUGCUAGCGGUUCUACGAAUUCGUUUCAGACCUCUACAGCCUAUACAAAAAGACAGGGACAGAAUAGCGUUGGUUUGAAUAGUAGCACGAGCAGCGUUGUAAGUAACGGGGAUGCCAAGCAUAGAACAAUGCGACAGGGAUGGCACAGUCGAAACCGACUCGAUAGUACCGGCAAUCAUUCGGGUUCGUCUUUCGAAUCUUAUUCAAGUAUGAGCGAUUUAAGCUGGAAAGUUUACCGACGAAACCGGCUAAAGCGAAUGAUGUGCGAUAAAUUUCGACCGAAAUUCGAACCUUAUAAAACAUCACCACCACCCCCACUAUUACCGAGAGCUCCGGUAAAAUUUCUCACCCUCAAAAAACCGGCCAAAUUACCGAUCGAUUUCAAACCGAAUAUCGUCGAACCGACAAAAUACGCCACAAUUUACCACAAGAAACGAUGUCUUUCCGAGCGGGAGCCAGAGACGGAUAAACUUAGGGCCUCAGCAUGGCUGCAAAACAAAGAAUCUUUAAAUAAUAGUUUUGAUUCUGUGUUUACGAGAGGAAGGCAGACAUUAUCUUUGCUGCCGAUGACGAUUUACGACGAUGACGUCACUAGCAACAACAGUAAUAACAAUAAAAUGUUUGUAAGUAGCAACAGUAUUGCCGUGCACCAUCAACAGAAGCCACAGCAGCAGCUACAACGACCACAAAACAUUUUCACCAAUCAGCACACGCCAACAUCGCCAUCACUUCCGCCCCUGCCCGUUAAGAUACCAGCGUCGUCUAAGUCGAACUUCCCGAAUUUAGCAUCCCUGCUUCUUAAGAAUAACAAGACCAUCGAAACCAUCGGUAGCAAAAAUGACGUCAUUAAUAAUAAUAAUAAAAACAACAAAAGAAAGAAACAGCACAUCAAGUAA